GGGAGAGUGUGAUAAGAGCUCAGUAUAUAAGCGGGUGAGAGCAAGCAGCAUUUAGAUUGUAGACAUGAAUAUCUUCAUGAAAGUCCUGCUUCUCUCCCUGGCUGCCUUCCUAGCCAGCGGCCAGGAUGACUGUAACUCGGCCUGCACGGAUGAUUACAGACCAGUAUGUGGUACAGAUGGUAUUACAUACCCAAACAACUGUACCUUAGAGCUUGCUGACUGUGAAAGUGACGAAGACAUUGCUGUGGCAUACAUUGGAGAGUGUACGACCUGCACUGACGCAUGUGAUCUUGUGUGGAUGCCUGUGUGUGGCACUGACAACGUUACCUAUGCCAACCUGUGCCAGCUGGAGUUAGCCGACUGUGUCUCUGAUGAAGACAUAACUGAGGCAUACCCAGGAGAGUGCCAGGCAUCUGCGAAGUCUGCCAGGGAUUAAUGCGAGAACAUGAUCUACGUUAUCCAUCAUCUGGGUCCGUGUGACGAGUAGCGAGUUAAGUUGCAACUCGCUAGCAAACCCAUUCAAUCAACGAGACAGUCACAAUGGUUAUCACACAGUUUCUUCCAGGAUCUACACCACACAAGACAACUCUCCCUCCCAUCACUGUGAUGACCUACUCACCCGUCUACAACUUCACGUCCCUCUGUAUCCAACUCCUCUCAUUAUUGUCUCUUAUUUGCUCCUAAUUAUUUUUAUUUUCUGUACUGAUGAGUGAAUAGAUAUCUGAUUUUGAA